GCUUGGCUUGGGCUAGCGUCCCUCGGGAAGGCUGGGCUCGCUGCGGAUGCUGCCGGGGAAGCGUGUGUAGCAGGGAGGCUGCCCAGCCGCAGGGCGCUAGGACGCACCUGCCCCGCGGGAGGGGCGGAGAGAAACGCGCCUCCAGGCGGCUGAUCCCAGGCCAGGGACGCGCCCCUCCCAGCCGCCGCUGCUCCAGAUCCUGCUGGAUCUGGGCUCUGGGGCGGUCUGGGCGGAUCUGAUUUGCGGGAGAGCAGGAGGGAGCUACCUUCCCCUGGCCCUGGCUGUUGCAUUGCGUGCGCCAAGCCGAUCCCCCUGGCACUCAGCAGCGGGUGCCGUGCGCGGAGCCCCCAUCUCCAUGGUGCGCUGCUCUUAGCAACAACCGCUGGCCAGGAGGAGGAAGGGUUGCAACCGACCCCGGCAGAGAGCAGGCUGCCCAGCGCCUCCUGAGUGGAGCUGUCCAGGAUUGCGUUCGGUGGAGGGCUAGGGGGUGGUGAUCCGGCUCCCGGGAGACCUGUCCGUGGUGCUGACGCCAGCCCCUUUGGGGUUCAAGCUAGCUUCUUACAUGGAUUUUUCCCCACAAGAAAAUGGCAUCUUAAACUCACACUGAGCUCCCUGCUCCCACACCUCCCUCCCCCGUGUCCCUAGCUUGAUCCCCGCUGACCGAUCACAGCAGACAAGCACGAAUCAGCUGGCAGUCUGAUACCCUGUUGCACCUGGGCACGGCUGGCGUGGGGAGAAGGAUCCUUUUUGGAAAGAGCCUUUAUUCACCUUGAGAACCAUCCCCACUAGGAAUCAUGGCUGCUCUCGCAAUGGGUUUCUGUCUCUCUUCAGUCCUGUUGGUUAUAUGGGUUGGCGUCUGUUCUCCAGUCUGUGUGGAAGUCCCAUCAGAGACGGAGGCUGUCCAAGGAACUCACAUGAAGCUGCUCUGUAUCUCCUGCAUGAAGAGAGAAGAGGUUUCUGCAAGCACCGUGGUGGAAUGGUUCUACAAGACUGAAAGGGGGAAAGAUGAGCUGAUCUAUGAAUACAGAAAAGUAUACCAUGAAUUUCCAAGCCGCUUCAGUGGCCGGCUACAAUGGAAUGGAAGCAAAGACAUGCAGGAUGUGUCCAUCACUGUAUUAAAUGUGACCUUGAAUGAUUCGGGGAUCUACACCUGUAACAUCACCCGGGAAUUUGACUUUGAGAUUCAUCGCCCACUCUUCACAAGCUCCAGAUUGAUCCAUCUCACUGUGGUAGAGGAGGCUGGAGAAGAUUUCACAUCUGUCAUCUCUGAAAUUAUGAUGUAUAUUCUCCUGGUUUUCCUCACCUUGUGGCUGCUGAUAGAAAUGGUCUAUUGCUACAGGAAGGUCUCCAAAGCAGAGGAGACUGUACAAGAAAAUGCGACUGACUACCUCGCUGUUCCAUCGGAAAAUAAGGACAACUGCGCUGUGCCCGUGGAGGAGUAGCCAAGAGUAGAUGGGCCAUGACCUGCAAUAAGGAAGUCUGAAGUUGGAAGGACCAAGUCACUCCAGCCAGGUUUGGGAAACUCUACAGCACCAGGAGCAAAUAAGCGGCAAGUGUAAAUUCUCUUCCACUGGCCUUGGACAUUGCACAGCCUUGACUUUGGCUUCAUGACUCCAUUUGCUAAAGGAUUCUCCUUUGAAGCAUGCUGAGGAAAGGGGGUUGGGGUGCGGGUGGCACUGCUCCUGCCUAAAUUUUGCCCCCACUCUCAUCCAGUGGCCUUGUAAAUACAAGUAUCAUUUAUUACCCUCACCAUAUUCCUUUGCAAAAUAUGCUAUUUCGACACUGCAGCACUGAGGGGUAUGUCACAUUACCCUGACACACAUGGCCAUCAGCAUGGUCAUCUUAGCAUUGUGCUCAACCUUUUGAUAAAGCCUGAACAGUCGCUUUAAUUAAAAAGAAUAUCAUAAUCCUGCUCCAUUGCAGUGCUUACUAUUUACCAUUCAAAUGCUUGCUCUCCAUGCUGCCCUGGACUGUAGGCUGCUGUUGCAAACCUAGGACAAGGAUAUGGAGAAGCAGAAGCUUAGAGCUGCAAAAAAUGUACAACAGCACUCAGCAUGCAGAGAACUAGUGGGCAGCAAUCUACAUGCACUAGCUUGCCAGGCACACCCUGCUGCAUUCUACAAGUUCCAUAGUGUGCUUUGAUCUGCUGCAGAACAUUUAGCAUAUUGUAGCAGGUUUCACACAGCCAGUUACCCCAUGGCAAGCUAAUGGGAUGUAGAUUUAUGGCCUAGCUUGCCGCACGCUAACCCUGAAUAGCCAUGCCCUCAGGCUGUACCACUGCUAACUUGGGUUUCCCUGCUAUAAACUGCAAGGAUUCCAAGAAGUUAUGUUAGUUACAUUUGGCAACUGUUUGUCAGAGUUCUACCUGUCUCUAUUAGCUGUGCUGUGUUAACUUACACAGUAGCGUUUACUUAUCAUGGAAAUAACCUACCAACUAGUGUCCUCCAACAACCACAGAAGAGCAUCCCUGGGAGACAAUAGUCCCUGAAAUUAGCCAAGUGUCCUCAAAUGGAAGAACGUUAAAGGUCGGAGCCCCUGAAGGGAGGAGAGAGUCUGGUUUAGGUAAGCAAGCGAAUGAAACAGACUGAUUAUUCCCAAACAGGAAAAUGAUGAGGCAGCUUGGGAAUUUGUGGAGCUUUUUAUAACUAAUUGAAAGUCAUGGUGGGACAGUUGCACCAUCUAGAGGCAACCAGUUUUCUCCCAUAGCCCUGAAUGUGUUUCUUGUGGUGAUGAUUCUCCAUGCUGAAUACUCAGUGUUAGUCUCAUGUGAUCUAUUAUUGCAGAACCAUUCUUGUGUAAAUUAAGUUUCACUUACAAACACAGUACUGCACUGCAACAGUAUAUAAACAGUUGCAGAUACAGUAGCAAGGUGGGGGGGUUAGGCUUUAUUAAAUGUAAAACAUUUAAACAUGGUGACUGUAGUUUCCCAUUCACAGAAACAUUAGUCUUAGAACCUGAGAUUAUUGGGGAAAACAUUUGUCUAUAUGUAGAAGUGGCACAUGAAGGUGAAAUGCUGCUGAAUGCCAUUUUUCAGGAAAUGAGUCUUUGCUCCUAGCAGAUGAUGUGAUAUCCCCUGCUGCAAUGACUGCUAUACAGCUUGCAAGAGUUAAGUUGAAUCUUCCAUGCUGUUUGCUCCUAAAUAAAUAAAGCACUCACUGAGUCAGGCAUGCUUCCUGCAUAUGGAAUUACUCUGCUUUGUUAUGCA